AUGCCCUUCUCCGUUACGGUAUCCAUCAUCAUCGCCUCUGUUACGCGCAACACCACUCCCUCCGAUCUGUUAUCCUCCAUUCCAAUUUCAGAUCGCCGCUGCAUCCCUCCAUCUCAAUACUCCCCUCCGUCUAAACCCAUUCCACCGCUCCCAAACAUCCUCACCGUAACCCUCUCUCUGCUAAUCAACAAACACCACCACCUACAAACUCCAUUUUUCCUCCCUUCUGCCUCCACGACAAACCCAGCUCCGCUCUCAUAUACCCCCACAGCUUCUGCUCCGUCAAUAACAGCACCGCAAACCGACGAACACCAAUAUCACCACCCGCACCUUCAGAUCUACCAACACAGGAGUCACACGGUUAGUCUUCGUUUAAUCAAAGAUCUUGGUGAAAGACUGAAUGCAUUGGGUUCAAGAUUUGAAGGUUAUGUUUAUUUGGUUAGUGCCUCCAUGCUUUUGCUUUUACGGAAAAGGGUUGGGAGAAGAGAUGAAGUGUUGUUGAAAUUUUGUUUUCCAAUCUGA